AUGACGACCUGGAGACGCCUUAUCCGCUUCACGCCCCCCAACUCCUCCGACGAGCUGUACGGCGAGCCCAUCGUGGGCGACGGCGACGACGUCGGCCGCCUCGCUGACGCGGGCGAACUGCGCGCGCGCAUCGUCCAGCCCGGCCCGCACGGCGUGCUUGGUCCCGAGACGCAAGUCACGGACCGCACCGAGAGCGUCGGCACCCUCCUUGCGCCGCUUGGGCCGGGCGAUGUGGUGGACUUCAAGUGCAUUGGGUUGAAUUACCGCAAGCACAUCCUUGAAGCAGGCCGCUCCCUCCCCCCCUUCCCCUCGCUGUUCAUCAAGCCCGGUACCGCGCACGGCGAGUACGGCCGCGCCGUCCCGAUCCCCAAGUGCGCGCAGGACGGCGAAGCCGACUACGAGGGCGAGCUGUGCGUCGUCAUCGGCCGCGACGCCAAGGAUGUGAGCAAGGAGGACGCGCUCGCCUACGUCGCGGGAUACACGGCCGGCGACGACGUCAGCACGCGCAAGUGGCAGCGGCUCAAGGAGCGCGCGGGGGGUGUGCCCCAGUGGUGCUUUUCCAAGGGCUUUGACAACUUUGCGCCGCUCGGCCCCGUCCUCGUGUCGCCCGAGCUUAUUCCCGACCCCGCGGCAUUGCAGCUCAAGACGAGCGUCAAUGGCGAGCUGCGGCAGGACACGCCCGUGGCAGACCUGGUAUUUGAUAUUCCGACGAUCAUCUCCUUCCUAUCGCAGGGCACGACACUGCGCCGCGGCACGGUAAUCAUGAGCGGGACUCCCGGUGGAGUCGGAUGCGCCGGCCCGGAGGAAAAGUGGCGGCCGCUCAAGGAUGGCGACGAGGUCGAGGUGUGGGUGGAGGGUGUGGGUACGUUGCGCCACGGCAUCAAGUACGAGUCGUGA